CAGGCAGUAACAUCUUUGAUGUUAUUUUUCAUCUGACGCACUCCGACACUGACCGGGAACUCCACAAGGAGUUCAGCAGUGAGGAUGAUGUUUCACUGAAUGACGUCAUGGACAUGAAGUUAACCCCACCAGUGGAGCCCCUGGGGCAGAUCCUGUCCUCAUGGAAGCUGGUCAACAGGAUCUUCAGGGGGAAGGUCCACUAUUUUGGGAAGGAGCUCAUCUGCAAGGUGUAUCAGAUGCUUCUGGACAGCGGUAUGGGCAGGAGGCCAAUGGCCCGCCAGAGCAGGUCCGAGCCCAUCCUGAAAGACCUGGCUACCAACCGUAGGCUCUCUGAUGAAUUCUUCACAGACGUGCUGUACAUGUUCGUCCAACGUGCCAUUAAGAAUCUGCUGGAGAACUUCUUGGGUCUGCCGACCACCCCACCGGGUAGAGACAUUAUGUGGAAUGACAACUUCAACUGGCUGUAUAGGGACGGCUGGGGGGAGACCCCCACAUCCAGCGAGGACGAGUUGUGGGACAGCGACUUCACCUGGUCACGUGACCUUGGAGAGGAGGAGGGGGCAGAGUCCCGUGGGAGGUGGGCCGCUCUGUUGGAGAAGGGCAGAUUCCAGACCCUCCAGUCCUCCGGCUCCCUCUCCCUCUCCGAUGACAACAAGGAGGCACUAGGGGCCGUCUGCCAGGUCCUGACCACCAGGGUGGGAGACAUCCUGAACAGUACCUGCAACGACGAUUACAAGGCCAGGCUCAUUAUCCAGAAAGGAUUGGAUUCCGGUGCCAGGGAAAGGUUCCCUGACUCUCAAUGUCCCUCUUCACCCGAAGAAGAGGAGGUAGUUGUGAGUGCCAUGACUGUCUCAUACCCUAAACCCUCCACCUCAACCCAGGCAGCAUGGGCAGCUCCUGCCCAGACUCUGGACGGUUUUCUGCCCAGACCCUGCCUGGAUGAAAAAUAGGUAGUCCUCAGCACCUCCAUGAAGGAC